AUUUGGAGCAGGAGUUGGAGUUAAUGAAUUAUUUAAUUAUUUUUAAAUUUCUUUUUUUUUGUACGUGAGCAAUUUCGGCCUGCUUUUGCCUGCUUUUUUAAAUAAAGAGCCCCAGAGUGCUAAAAGGGGGAAAAAAAAUCAAAGAAUAAAAAAAUUAAAGGAAAUACUCGAAAACCAUCUAUUUUUUUUGGGUCCCUCUUCUUCUCCUGCGCUCUGCAAACCCUAAAAUUUGCUCAUUCGUCCGGAGAGAGCGCAAUUUGGGAUUUUUGGUCAUUUUCUCAGGCUGGGAAAUCAGGAGCGCAGUAUGGAGUUCAUUUAGAGCUACAGGAUAAGGGUUUCUCCUCGUUUCUCUACUAAGCUUUAGCAGUAAACGACAAAAAUCUGAUCUUAGAGUUCGGGAAUCACAGCAGAAAUUUCUGUCUCCUUCGCAAAAAAGGAAGAGUAAUUAUUUUUUUUUUCGGGGAUUCAGACGUUACAACUGUCCAGCAAGGUGAGCUCGGAGCUCCUCUCUCUCUUCGGUCCAGCAAGCAAACUGAGAACUACCACUUUCCUCUUCUUCUGUGGUCGCCAUACUUCGAUAUUGGAAGAGGAGCUUUGGGGGUAGGCGGGGUUUCCAGGAGGAUUAGGGAUGAAUGGAAGCAACGGAACAACAGCCUCGCUUGCCCGCAUCUGAGCCAGGUAUGAUGGCGGGGAGAGAGUCGGCGUUCAGCGUGAGUCUUCAGAAAGGUAGCGUCCCCGUAUCGGCGCAGUCGCCUGCGGCUUCGGUGCAAAACAUGCGCCUGGCGUUCACCUCAGACGGCUCCGCCGUUUACAAGCCGGUGACGGCGACGUCACCGCCUUAUCAGGGGGACGGCUCUGCAGCUAUUUUACAGCAACAGCAGCAGCCGCAACAGCAGCAGCAGCAGCAGCAGCAGGGGGUGCUGGGGAUGGGCAUGGCCGGAGGAGGCCCAGUGAAGAGGAAAAGGGGUCGGCCGAGGAAGUACGGCCCUGAUGGCACCAUGGCCCUAGCGCUUACCCCUGUCUCCUCCUUGCCCGGCGGCUAUUCUUCCGCUGCCAACCCGACGUCACCCACCGCCAAGAAGGCGAGGGGCCGGCCGCCUGGCUCCGGCAAGAAGCAGCAACUCGCAGCUCUCGGAUCUCCUGGGACUGGUUUUAUGCCUCACGUUAUUACAGUUAAAGCUGGCGAGGAUGUUGCUUCAAAGAUAAUGUCAUUUUCUCAACAAGGACCAAGGGCUGUGUGCAUUCUCUCAGCUAAUGGAGCUAUUUCUAAUGUGACCCUUCGUCAGCCUGCCACAUCUGGCGGUACUGUUACAUAUGAGGGGAGAUUUGAGAUUCUCUCUCUUUCUGGUUCCUUUUUAUUGUCUGAGAGUGGUGGACAGCGCAGUCGAACUGGUGGAUUAAGUGUAUCCCUUGCUGGACCUGAUGGUCGAGUUCUGGGGGGAGGAGUUGCCGGCCUCUUAAUGGCAGCAUCACCCGUACAGGUGGUUGUUGGCAGCUUCAUUGCUGAUGGCAAGAAAACUGAACCGAAAACAGCAGAUUUCUCUGUUCCAGCAAAAAUAUCCGCAGGUGGUGCUACAGCAGCAAGUAGUCCACCUUCUAGAGGAACACUGAGUGAGUCCUCAGGUGGUGGGCCUGGCAGCCCACUUAAUCAAAGUACUGGUGCCUGUAACAAUUCUCAACCUGGAAUACCUAAUAUCCCAUGGAAAUAGUCAUGGUGCCAUCAUAACAAUUUUUCUCAUCCUCCUGUAUUUUAGCAGGUGUAAAAUCCAGUUUGGUACCUAUUGUUUAUCUCUGCCGUAAGACGCAAGUCUGUAACUUAUGUACAAGCCUGUCUGAAUAGAAGGUGCACUUCUCCCUGCUUUCUUGUGAGCUUUCUAUUUGUUCAAACAGUUAAAAAACUGAGGUCUUACCCUAUGAAUCAGUUCUCUGUCU